AUGGAUGUGACGGCGAUCGGCCAGUACGACCCGGCGAUCAACCCCGACGACUUCAUCGUGGCUCCCCUGGAUUCCGCCGAACUCGUGGCACGGGUCGGCCAGAUUGUGUACCGGCGCGAUGGACGCGGCGGGGAGCAGCGGAUCCGGGUGGGGGAACUGACCAUCGACCUGCAGAGCUACGAGGUAGCGAUGGCCGGGCGGCGGAUUUCGCUGACCUACAAGGAGUUUCAGCUGCUCACCCUGUUGGCGUCCAACCCGGGCCGCGUGUACACGCGGGAGGCGUUGCUGAACCAGAUCUGGGGAUACGACUACCUGGGCGGAACGCGCACGGUGGACGUGCAUAUCCGGCGGCUGCGCUCCAAGGUGGAGGACCCGGACCACCUGUUCGUGGAAACCAUCUGGAACGUCGGAUACCGUUUCCGCGACAUCGCCUCCCAGGGCUGA